CUGGACUGAACGAGUCGGAACCGGACAGCCGGCCCGGACGCAGGAUCCAGCUGGAGAGGACUCGGCUAUGGCUGCGCUCCCCGUGCAGGGAGCCUGGAGGCUGAGCGCGCUGCUGCUCCUGAUCUGCUUUCACCUCGGAAAUGGACUUCACUUAGAGGUUUUGUAUACAAGUAAUGAAAAUGAUCAGAUCUUUCAAAAAGGGCAUUUAUUGCGACAAAAGCGAGAGUGGAUCACAUCCCCUGUGGCCCUUCGGGAAGGGGAGGACCUCUCAAAGAAGAACCCAAUUGCCAAAAUACACUCUGAUGUUUCCCAGGAAAGCCACAUGAAAAUCACCUAUCGUUACACUGGACAAGGGAUUACAGAACCACCGUUUGGUAUAUUUGUCUUUGAUCAAAAUACUGGUGAAUUAAAUGUUACCAAGAUUCUUGACCGAGAAGAAGUCCCAAUGUUUAUACUAACAGGCUAUGCUUUGGAUGAGAGGGGGAACAAUGUGGAAAGGCCACUAGAGUUGCGAAUUAAGGUUCUGGAUAUAAAUGAUAAUGAGCCUGUGUUCACCCAAGAUGUCUUUGUUGGGUCUGUUGAAGAACUAAGUACACCAAAUACACUUGUAAUGAAAAUUAGUGCCACAGAUGCUGAUGAGCCAGGUCAUAUCAAUUCCCAAAUUUCUUACAAGAUUGUCUCUCAGGAUCCUCCCCAGCCUUUUGUUUUCUUCCUUGAUAAAGACAAAGGAGAGAUUCGAACUACAACCUUUCUUCUGGAUAGAGAGAAACAAAGCCACUACAGUCUGAUUGUUGCAGCAACUGAUGGAAAUGGACAAAAAACAGACAAGCCAGUGAAUCAAGCCAGAGUACAGAUUAACAUUUUAGAUGUCAAUGACAAUAUACCUGUGGCUGAAUUUGAGACAUAUGAGCAAACAAUCGAAGAAAAUCAAGCAAAUGUGGAAGUCAUGCGUAUAAAAGUAACCGACUUGGAUGAAAUAGGCACAGAUAAUUGGCUGGCAAAUUUUACGUUUCUUUCUGGAAAUGAAGGGGGUUAUUUCCAUGUACAAACAGAUACUCAAACCAAUGAAGGAAUUGUGACCCUUAUUAAGGAAUUGGAUUAUGAAUUACUGAAGUCUCUUGACUUGAAGAUCAUCGUCACCAACAAAGCACCAUUUCACAAAUCAAUUAGAAAUAAGUUUGAAGUAAAACCCAUUCCUAUCAAGGUCAAAGUGAAAAACGUCGUGGAAGGUGUUUAUUUUAAAAGCAAAAAAAUCAUGAUCCAAACCAGUGAAUACAUGGACAGGUCAGAAAUAGGUAGAACUAUUGGAAAAUUUGAAGCCUAUGAUGAGGACACUGGACGAGUAGCCCAAGUAACGUAUGCCAAAGGAGAAGAUAUCGACAACUGGAUCACAGUGGAUUCAGUCACAUCUGAAAUCAAACUUGCUAAAAUUCCUGAUUAUGAAUCUAAAUAUGUCAUUAAUGGCACUUACAUUGCAAAGAUCUUGGCUAUAACUAACGAUUUUCCUAGAAAGACAGUCACUGGUACCAUUGAAAUCAUGGUAAGAGAUUUUAAUGACAACUGUCCAGAACUCGUAAAUCCAGUACAAACUAUAUGUGAUGAUUCAGAAUAUGUAAAUGUUACUGCUAAGGACCUGGAUGGUCAUCCAAAUAGUUCUCCUUUCAGCUUUUCAGUCAUUGACAACCCGCCUGGAAUGGCAGAGAAUUGGUACUUUGGACACCAGGAAGGUACAAGUGCAUGGUUGAUACCAAAAGAAUUGAAAGUAGGCAGAAGUGAAAUCUACCUGUCAAUUAGUGAUAAUCAAGGUUUAAGCUGUCCUGAAAAGCAGAUCCUUACAUUGACAGUUUGCAGCUGUGUGAGUGGUAGUGGCUGCAUUGAACCACUGUUUGACUCCUAUGUGGGGCUGGGAUCUGGAGCAAUUGGGCUCAUGAUUUUCGCACUUCUUCUGUUGCUACUUAUACCCCUCUUACUGCUUCUGUGCCACUGUGGAGGAGCAGGAGGAGGAGCAAAAGGCUUCACAGCUAUACCUGGUACUGUAGAGAUGUUGCAUCCUUGGAACAAUGAAGGGGCACCCCCCGAAGACAAGGUAGUGACAUCUCUCCUGACCACAGAUCAUGGAGGGAAUUUUGGAGCAUCUGCUGGAGGAGGAAGUAGAACAGGAGUCCUGAUAAGCAGUGAAACCUCUAGGAGGGAAAGUAGUUCAGGCCAUCGGACUAUGACUAUGGUGGAUGGAGGAUGGGAAGAGCACAGAAGCCUUCUGACUAGUGCAACUAAAAGAACUGUAGGGGCUACUGGAGCCAUGAGUGGUGUCACAACAGUAGGAGCAGCUGGAGCCAUGGCUGGCACUAUGACGAUGGGGGCUUCUGGAGGCAUGAGUGCUGCCACAAUGGCGGGGGCAGCUGGAGCCAUGGGGACUGCUGGAGCCAGGACAGCCACUGUUGCACUGAAUGAAGAAUUUCUGAGAAGCUACUUCAGUGAUAAAGCUGCUUCCUAUGCUGACAGUGAUGAAAUUCAAACAGGGAAAGACUGUCUUCUAGUUUAUUCUCAGGAAGACACGCAGUCUCUUCAUGGUUCUCUUGGCUGUUGCAGCUUCAUCGAGGGAGACUGGGAUGACCGUUACCUGGAUGAUUUGGGAAUCAAGUUCAAGACACUAGCAGAAAUAUGCAUGGGCCAAAAAAUAGAGACAGAUAAUGAAACUGGCCUAAGGCACAAGCUUCCUGCUGAAGCUAGUAAGAAUACACUUUCACAUUCAGUUUAUGAGCAGAAUACUCUUCAGGCAGAAAAGUCCCACUCCUCCUCCUCUGGCAUCAGUUUCCAGGCUCCAAAGUCUGUGAGUGAGUCAACUUCAGAGACUUUGACUCAGGAAUUAGUCUCUGAAAGAUCCUUAUCUUCCAGGCAGGGACUGAAGGUGACAAGACCCCUCCCUGAUCCAUUGCCUACUGGUAAUAUUGUCAUAACAGAAACAUCCUAUGCCACUGGCUCCACACUACCACCGAGUACUCUGGUCCUCAAUGCCAACCAACCACAGAGCCUCAUGGUCACAGAGAGGGUGUACGCUCCCGCCUCUAGUUUGGUAGACCAGCAGUUUGUCCAGCAUCAUGCCAAUGAAAGCAAUGUAGUGGUCACUGAACGUGUGAUCCAGCCUAAUGGCGGCAUAGCUAGUAGCCUAGGAGGCAUUCAGGAUCUGCCCGAUUCACACUAUGUUGUAGUGAGGGAAAGAGAGAGGUUACUGGCCCCAAGCUCUAGCCUUCAGCCCAUUCAGAGUGUCCCCAGUUUAGCAGUAGGACCGAAUAUGACCGUAACAGAAAGAGUGCUCGCACCCACCUCGAAUCUGCAAACCUCAAAGACUGUGGUUUCUGGAGCUGGAACACUAGACCCCCUACAAAAUUUAGAUUUACAGGAAUCUGUUCCAUCUAAUUCUGCCAUUACCAUGUCUUCUACCAGAGUCACCAAGCAUAGCACUGUCCAGCAUUCUUAUUCAUAAGACAGCAAUGAGCCCUGUCUGCUCACAGAACUGACACAGGUCUCCAGUCACUUAUAACUGGAAAACCGCUAUAUUGAGUUAGUGAGCAGAGGCCUGGACAGCAGGUUCCCUGUUUACUUCUCGGCCUGUGCUGCAGAAAUACCUCAUGACCUGCUGGGAUCAUGAAAAUGAUCCUGUUAAUUUAAGUGGCCUAAUAAUUCAUUUCACUUCAAUUCAGCAAGCAUGUUAAUACAUGCACUUAAUAGCGCCUUCUCUGUACAAGGCAUUAUGCUAUGCACUGAGGAUACAAAGAUAGGAAGAAAAAACCCAUUCUUGCUCUGGAGGGCCUUCUGUGUUCUACUGAGGGUAUAAAUAAUAAUAAUUAUUAUUGUUAUUAUAACUAACAUUUAUAUAGCGCUCACUACGCACCAGGCAUUGUGCUGAGCACUUUACAAUUAUUAUCUAAUUUGAUCCUCACAACAACCCUG